AUGUCUGAAAAUAACGAAGAACAACAUCAACAACAACAACAACAACAACCUGUUGCUGUUGAAGCCCCUUUAGUAGCUGAAGCUUCAGCACCAGUCGACCCUUCUGCUGAACAGAAUGUCUCUGGUGAAGUUAACUCUACGCAAGUUGAGGACGAUCAGGGUGAAAGUGAUCCUUCUGUAGUUCCUGCCAAUGCUAUUACUGGUGGUAGGGAGACUUCCGACAGAGUCUUGUAUGUUGGUAACCUAGAUAAAGCUAUUACCGAAGACAUUUUAAAGCAAUAUUUUCAAGUUGGUGGUCCAAUUGCCAACAUUAAGAUUAUGAUUGAUAAAAACAAUAAAAAUGUCAAUUAUGCUUUUGUUGAAUAUCACCAAUCUCACGAUGCCAACAUUGCCUUACAAACAUUAAACGGCAAGCAAAUUGAAAAUAAUAUCGUCAAGAUCAACUGGGCCUUCCAAUCUCAGCAAAGCUCCUCUGAUGAUACGUUUAACUUAUUUGUUGGUGACUUGAACGUUAACGUUGAUGAUGAAACUUUAAGAAAUGCUUUCAAAGACUUCCCAUCCUAUUUGAGUGGUCAUGUUAUGUGGGAUAUGCAAACUGGUAGUUCAAGAGGUUACGGUUUUGUUUCCUUUACUUCUCAAGAUGAUGCGCAAACUGCCAUGGACACUAUGCAAGGUCAAGACUUGAAUGGAAGACCACUAAGAAUUAACUGGGCUGCUAAGCGUGAUAACAACAACAGUAACAAUAAUAAUAACAAUAAUAAUUAUCCACAACGUCGUAACUAUGGUAACAAUAAUCGCGGUGGUUUCCGUCAAUAUAACAACAACAACAAUAAUAACAUGAAUAUGGGAAUGAACAUGAACAUGAACAUGAAUAUGAACAGCAGCAGAGGUAUGCCACCAAGUUCGAUGGGCAUGCCAAUUGGCGCAAUGCCAUUGCCAUCUCAAGGCCAACCUCAACAAUCUCAAACAAUUGGUUUACCACCUCAAGUAAAUCCUCAGGCGGUUGAUCACAUCAUUAGAAGUGCUCCACCAAGAGUCACCACUGCUUAUAUUGGUAACAUUCCACACUUUGCCACUGAAGCUGAUCUGAUCCCAUUGUUUCAGAAUUUCGGCUUCAUUCUAGACUUCAAGCACUACCCAGAAAAAGGCUGUUGUUUCAUAAAGUACGACACUCACGAACAAGCUGCUGUUUGUAUUGUUGCUUUAGCCAACUUCCCAUUCCAAGGUAGAAACUUGAGAACCGGUUGGGGUAAGGAGAGAUCAAACUUUAUGCCACAACAACAACAGCAACAAGGUGGUCAACCACUUAUAAUGAAUGACCAGCAGCAACCAGUUAUGUCUGACCAACAGCAGCAACAACAACAGCAACAACAACAAUAA